AUGUGGCUGCACGACCUCCCGCGGCUGCUGUUGCUUCCUCUGCUUUCUCCUCCUCCAGAACCACCAGGCCGCGAGUCCGAUGAUGGCCAAUCCGGCGACGACACAGCCCACGGCAAUACCCGCCUUGGCUCCCGUGGAGAGACCCUUGUUCUGAUCAUAGCCAUCGGGGAGGAAAGCCGCAGCCUUGGAAUUGUCGGGGUUGAGCACGGCGGCGGAGAGGUUGGAGCCCUUGCACCCGCCAUCGUUGCAUGGAUUGCCGGAGCAGCACCCCAAGAAGGGAGGGCUCGUUUCCGCACAGCUAAACCAUUGUACUUCCGGGUCGCCACUGACGCAGUCCUGGCCCUCGAUCCGCUGGUAGGAAUUCGGGUGGAAGCUGGCAGCAGUGAGAUUGCCGUCGGGGCAAUCGCCGGUGCUUGUCUUGCACGGGUCGACGGUGCAGCAGCCGAUGAAUCUGGUGGGUUUGUCGUCGCAGACGUAAAAUGA